GCAUAAAUUUCGGGUGUGCUUAAACUUUCUCUACAUCUCAAAUAAGAACUUUAGUGUAUUAUUUUUGUCAAAGUAACAAAAUGGCACAAGAGAAAAGCAAGAUUUUGAUCAUUGGAGGAACCGGGUACAUUGGGAAAUUCAUUGUUGAAGCAAGUGCAAAGGCCGGCCACCCGACGUUUGCUUUGGUUCGUGAAUCCACUGUGGCGGACCCUGUUAAGGGUGCGCUCGUUGAGACCUUCAAGAAGUCCGGAGUUUCUCUUGUUUAUGGAGACUUGAAUGAUCAUGAAAGUUUAGUAAAAGCAAUUAAGCAAGUCGAUGUAGUGAUUUCGGCUGUUGGUAGUAUGCAAAUUUUUGAUCAGACUAAAAUCAUAGCGGCUAUUAAAGAGGCUGGCAACAUUAAGAGGUUUUUUCCAUCCGAGUUUGGGACAGACGUGGAUCGUCAAAACGCAGUUGAGCCUGCAAAAUCGGCAUUUUCAGGGAAAGUGCAUAUCCGUAGAGCUAUUGAGGCUGAAGGAAUUCCGUUCACAUACGUGGCUAGCAAUUGCUUCGCGGGCUACUUUCUUCCUACAUUGGUUCAACCCGGAGUCACUGCUCCUCCUAGAGAUAAAGUAACCAUUCUUGGUGAUGGAAAUCCUAAAGCCGUUUUUAAUGACGAACAUGACAUUGGUACCUACACGAUUAAAGCCGUGGAUGAUCCAAGAACAUUAAACAAGAUUCUUUACAUCAAACCCCCAAAAAACAUUUGCUCCUUUAAUGAACUUGUAUUCCUAUGGGAGAAGAAAAUUGGCAAAUCCUUGGAGAAAACUUAUGUCCCUGAAGAACAAAUUCUCAAGCUUAUUCAAGAAUCUGGAUUUCCGAAUAGUAUCUUCAUAGCGCUCAAUCACUCAAUUUUUGUGAAUGGGGAUCUUACUAACUUUGAGAUAAAACCAUCAUUUGGUGUUGAAGCUUCAGAGCUCUACCCGGAUGUGAAAUACACUAGCGUUGAGGAAUAUCUUGAUCGAUUUGUUUAAAUGAAUGAGCAUGAUCACCUUUAUGAUAUGAUCAUUGUCGUAUUUUGUUGGUCUACAAAGUUACAUAAUGUAUUAUGGUGUUGUUAUACAUAAACGUCGAUAAGAUAUGGAGUUCGAUGAAUAAAUUUUCAGUGUUUUGAGUUCAAA